CUGCUCUCUCGACGUUGCCAGCUCCGAUGGUCGUUUCGGCUUGUUGGCUGCGUCCGAUGACCGCGGUUCGAGUGUCUGGCUAUUUCUCAACGGCUCCCUACCUCUAGUGCGCACAAGACUUGCGGGUUCUUGUCAGACGUGGUCUAAGCCAGAUUCACCACCCUAUGGAGGAGGCGGUUCGCUGCUGAAUCACAAUUC